AUUUCGCGGUUUCUAAACGAAAAAUCAAUACUGUAUAGUACGAAGUAAGUAAUAGUAGUUUACACUAAAAUCACUUUGUAAAAAUGCUUUAUACAAUUUAUUUAGUAGUUCCUUUACGCUUGUAGUGCUAAUAACAAUAAGCAACGAAAAUGUCAUUAAAAGCUUAUGAAGAUGCGUGUAUGCGAGCAGAAUUAUUCAAUCAACCUAAACCUGACAAGGAAGAGUUUUUAGAAAAACACAAAUAUUUGGAUGCGAAUGAAUUCGAGGAAGUUGACAUUAAAUCAACAGAGGAAACAGCCAUAUUAAACGAUGGACUUCAAGAAUCUCCUUUAGGCGAAUUAGGGACCAUUCUCAAUUCCACUCAUAGUAAAUUGAAUCGUCUCAAGGGUGUCUGUGGUACUGUGACAAAUUAUUUUCGAGUGAAAUUAGCAUCUAAAGAUUUAUCAUACUCCAGUGAACCAAGCUACAUCGGUCAAACGAAUUAUGACAAAGAUUUCGUUCCAUCGGCAAAUUCGGAAUAUGCAUCUGUCAACACCGAUUUAGGACCCAGAGACAAUGAAAUGACACCGAGGGCGGGAAAAAGACAAAAAGGCGGUGACAUUAAUUCUGCAAUUGAGGAUUUAAAACAAAUGGAAAAGGCGGAAAAUAGUUUUUCAUUGGGUGGGAUGUUGCGAUAAGUAAAUUAUACUUUUAAGUUUUGUUAUCGUCUUUUUGGCGAAGCUUAAAGCUUUAUACAUAGUAAAAAAUAUUAAAGCUUUGCAGUUGAUAAUUGCUAUAUUAUGUAAGUACAUUUUGAAGCGUCGUUUAAUUUAGACUAAUAAGUUUUUAUCCGAGGUAAAGACAUCAGCAAUCGCACUUCCCAAUUUUGGGUAUGUAAGUAACUUUUCCAAGUUUUUUCAGUAUGUAUCGUUAAUUUUGUGUCAUUAUACCUCUAAGAUUAUUAUAGCUUCGCAUUUUUAACAUCUAAAUGUUAUUCAAGGAUUUUCACUUAAUUAUAAAUAGAUGUAUAAUUAUGUAUAUAUGUAUUACAAUUCCUUAUGGCUUUAAUAAAUAAAACUCAUGUAUAAUUUUCUAUUGUUAUGAUUGUAAAAGUCAAAUGUAAAAAAAAUUAAACAAUUGCGCUUGAUAUCCUCUAAAAUAAUUGAAAAGUCUGUGAUUUGUUAAGUAGGAGAUAUUUUAUUACGAUAAUUUAUUAAUUGCGUACACUAUACAUAGUAUUUUUGUAAGUUAAAGAUUUAUUAAAAUAUUAAGUUUAUGUGCAUGAAUUUAUAUAGUUUAAAUAAUCUUACAGUAAUGUAUGUAAAAUACAAAUUGUUUAUGUCCUGUCUGAUGUAACGUAGACUGAUUUUUGUUGGAUUAGUAUUU